AUGGGUUCACCUUAUAUCUACCGAGUCAUCCAAGAAUGCCCAGUGAAAGAGAAUAAGAAAGUGAAAAUUUCAAAUAAUCUGGACGCGGAAGACUACCCAGCUUGGGCCAGUAGCGACAUCGAUAAAUACAUGACAAGGUUGAGAUACGAAAAAGAUCUUCAAUGCAGCUACCAGUUCAAUAACAACCAUGAACAUGAGGAUAUGGAGAUGAGAAUGGCUAUAAGGAUCUCUUGGACGGAUAAAUAUCCGAAAUUCAUCUUCAUUAAUCCUGGUGGAAACCCUCAGAGAUUGACUUACGAAGUUCAUCAUUGGUUUGGACCAAAGUUUACUCCCCCAAUUUUUACUUGGAGAGACAUAGAGUAUAUUGAGCAUAAUGGCGAAUUCUUCUUAUCAAUUAUCGUGCCAAAGAGAAUGACAUUUGAAAUCGAGGAUAUAAGUGAAUUUACGAUGUAUUUCGAAUAUUAUUACGAAGAUCAAGUAACUGUUGAAAAAUCCUAUGUGAAUGUUAACAGAGAAUGUGCAGAGAUACAGCUUGAAAACAGAGCUUUAUUUAGCCACAGGAAUGGUCAGCAGAAUGGAUAA